UCAGAGGUGCAAAUAUCCCUGUGAAGACAAGGUCCCUGGUUUCAGAGAUCAAAGAAAGACCCACAAUUACUAUAUCACACUGUCAUUCACAAGUGACAAACUAUAUGAUGAGUUUGGACAAGAGGCUUCUAAAAACUUCACAGAAAUGAGCCAGAAAAUUGAAUUAAUGGUGGAAAAUGUAUUUCACAAAUCUCCAAUAAGGGGAGAAUUUGUUAAGUCUCACAUUAUCAAGUUCAGUCAAGAGGAACAUGGAGUGCUGGCUCACAUGCUGUUGAUUUUUAGAUUUCCCUCUACUGAGGAUCCUGAAACCAUAAAUGUAAAUAUUCGCUAUUUUCUGCAUGAAAAGUUACAAGACACUGUAGGACCCCCUAAAGUAGAUCCUGAAUCAGUUGAAAUUAAAAAAAUCAACAAGACAGAAACAGACAACUACCUGAACAAUUGCUGUGGAACACGAAGGAAUAAGUCUACAAGCCACAGUCUCAGGAUCGUUGGUGGGACGGAGGUUGAAGAGGGUGAAUGGCCAUGGCAAGCUAGCCUGCAAUGGGAUGGGAUCCAUCGCUGUGGAGCAACUUUAAUUAAUGGCACAUGGCUUGUGAGUGCAGCUCACUGCUUUAGAACGUAUAUGGAUCCAGCCAGAUGGACUGCUUCGUUUGGAGUAACAAUAAAGCCUCCAAAAAUGAAACAUGGCCUCAGGAGGAUAAUUGUCCAUGAAAAAUAUGAUUAUCUAUCACAUGACUAUGAUAUUUCAGUUGCAGAACUUUCUAGACCUGUUCCUUAUAGUAAUGAAGUACAUAGAAUUUGUCUCCCUGAUGCUACCCAUGAUUUCCACUCGGGUGAUCAGAUGUUUGUGACAGGAUUUGGAGCACUGCAAAAUGAUGGUGACAGUCAAAAUCAUCUUCAGCAAGUACAAGUGGAUUUCAUAGACACUAAAAUAUGCAAUGAACCUCAAGUUUACAAUGAUGCCAUAACUCCUAGAAUGUUAUGUGCUGGCUCCUUGAAAGGCCAAAGAGAUGCAUGCCAGGGUGACUCUGGAGGACCACUGGUUAGCCCAGAUGCUAGAGACAUCUGGUACCUUGCUGGAAUAGUGAGCUGGGGAGAUGAAUGCGGCCAACCCAAUAAGCCUGGUGUUUAUACUAGAGUGACUGCCUUCCGGGACUGGAUCGCUUCCAAAACAGGUGUCUGAGGGAGAAGAACCUAGUAGAACAGAACACUUUUGUGUGUGUGUAGGCCAUUCUUAGAGAGACAGAAUUGUAGAAGCCUUGGAAGUCACCUGGAUCUGACCAAUCUAAUUAAAAUGUUUGCUUGACUCAUAUAUUUCCUUCCUAGCUCUGUUCCACACAUGAACAUCCUACCUCUGCCUGAUGGAUUCUGUGCCAACCUGCAUUAAUUUGUUUCCUAGAAGUUUUCUGUUAUCAAAAUGUUGUCUUGUUGAUGUAAAUUUCUCAUGUGUAUAUAUAGUUUGAAAUGGUCCCUUCCUUCAUUUCUCCAGCUCUCUCAUUUCAGUAAGUUUAUGAAUUAGAGUUUAAGGACAAGGAAUGAAAGGAAACUUAAAAAGGAAAACUACAUUUUCAUGUACAGAAUGGUAUUAUGUGUUUACUUUUCUGAGUGGAAUGAGGACAAUUGUCAUAUCUAUUGCAAAAGGUAGAGCAAGCAGAGCACCAAACACUUCAUAAUGGAGAAAGAAUGGGAAUUAAGUUAAGAGUAAAAACAAGAUGUAGCUUUAUUUUCCCUCCUAGUCAAAGAACUGCUGAGAUAAAUGUAGGAAAGAUUCCAUUUUCUUGUGACCUACAAUAAUUGUACCAACUUUAUGUAAUGUACUUGGUUCUGAACAAGUUAAAGCAGACAAUUAUUUCACUAUUGCACUGCUGAGGAUGCCAAUAUAUAAUGCUAAAAAUAUAUAAUACUAAAAAACCUAUGUCUUUGAAUUGUAAUUUGAUAAUCCAUGGAAAAGGGGACGAUGAGGAAAAUGUCACUAGUCAAUUUAUUAUUAAUUCUUUUAAGAUUUAAGGCUUGAAUGGCAAUUCAUUGAAGGACAAUGAGUGUGCCAGUUUGAAUGUAUUAUGUCACCCAAAUGCCAUUAUCUUUGAUGCAAUCUUGUGG